GAUCGAAAAGAACUUACAGAAUAGACCGAAGAACCAUAUAAACAACGCCUACCCAAUAUGCCGGCAUACCACUCCAUCUUCCUCCAAGAACCCAAUGAACAAACAAUAGGAAACUUCCCCAUUCUCCCCCUCCGUACCCGCACCCGCGGACCUGCAUACACACUCCCUACCCUCCCCGCCGGUUCUUCCGACGCCGACAUUGAUCCCGACAGCGAAUCUUACGACUGCAUCGAUGAAAUCCUCUCCCUCUACCGUGCGAACACCUUCUUUCGCAACUUUGAAAUCAAAGGCCCUGCCGACCGGAUGCUGAUCUAUGGCAUCCUGUUCAUCAGCGAGUGUUUGGGAAGAGUCAAGCCGGGAAUGCCCGCUAGGGAAGCAGAAAAGGUCCUGAUUAAUGCAUCCCUUGAUCACUUUGCGAUCCCCGGAGAUGCCUCGUUUCCACUUAACCAGGCAUUUGAACCACCUAGAGACAGACAAGAAGCAGAGACGUUGAGACAAUAUAUAUCCCAAGUCCGACAAGAGCUUGCUAUCAGACUUCAUUCGAGAUUAUAUCCCGGCGGCGUGGGACCAUCCAAGUGGUGGCUAAGUUUCGCGAAGCGCAAGUUCAUGGGAAAGUCACUUUAAGCUGUUAUACCAAAUCGUGUUUGCGAGUGAUUCUCUUAUUUUUAUCAAGCGUUUUGAGUCGCGAGAUCAAAUUACAAUGGUUAUUAAAUAAUCAUUAUUGGUUCUUGCUGUA